AGCCUUGCGCGCCAGCUCUUCGCCGCAGCUCGCGGCUCGCGAAGGUUGGCGGCGGCGAAUGGCUUUGCGCCUCCCUCGCCAUGCCAUCUCUUGGCUGGCGGGCGGGCGGCGCGCGCAGAGCGAGACGCGGGGGUGGCGGCUGCGGCGGCCAGAGGUAGCCCGGCGAGGCUCCCAGCGGUAGCGGCGGCGCCUUUCAACUCCUCCGACUCGCCGCUUGGGACUCCUCGGGAGAACAGGAGCGACGGAGGGAGGGAGCCGCUGCCUGGAGGAUGUGGAGGCGGCGGCGGAGGUUGCUGCUGGUGCCGCUGCUGCUGCUGCUGCUGCUCGCGCCGUCCUCGUCCUCUUGGUGCGGGCGCUGCGCGGCGGGCGACGGCGCGCUCCUCUCCUUGCUGCUGCUCCUGGCGCCGCUGGCCGGGACGCUGCGCGCCUUCAACCUGGACCAGGAGAAGCUCGCCGUCUACAGCGGCCCCGACGGCAGCUACUUCGGCUACGCGCUGGAUUUCUACAGCCCUGCCCCGCACGCAGUCAGUGUCCUAGUCGGAGCUCCAAAAGCCAACACUACCCAGCCAGACAUAGUGGAAGGAGGAGCAGUCUACUAUUGCCCUUGGCCAGAAGCUGAGUGCAAACCGAUCCCUUUUGAUAACACAAACAACAGAAAAAUUAAGGUCAAUGGCACAAGGGAGCCCAUUGAGUUUAAAUCCAAGCAGUGGUUUGGAGCAACAGUCAGAGCUCAUAAAGGAAAAGUUGUGGCAUGUGCUCCCUUGUAUCACUGGAGGACCCUGAAGGUGAUCCCUGAAAAGGAUCCAGUUGGCACCUGCUACGUAGCAAUUCAGAAUUUCAGCACCUAUGCUGAAUACUCUCCAUGUCGCAACAACAAUCCGGAUCCUGAGGGACAAGGUUACUGUCAAGCAGGAUUCAGCUUAGAGUUUUACAAGAAUGGAGACCUCAUAGUAGGGGGACCUGGAAGUUUUUAUUGGCAAGGUCAGAUUAUCACAAGUAGCAUUGCAGAUAUUAUCACAGACUACUCAUUCAAGAAUAUUCUAAAGAAACUGUCCCGAGAAAAACAAACUGGAGUGGCACCAUCAAUAUAUGAUGACAACUAUCUGGGUUACUCAGUGGCUGCUGGUGAAUUUACUGGAGAUUUUCAACAAGAGCUGGUGGCUGGCGUCCCAAGAGGUGCACAGAACUUUGGCUAUGUUUCAAUUAUAAAUUCUACAGAUUUGACCUUUAUUCAGAAUUUCACUGGUAAACAGAUGGCAUCUUACUUUGGAUACACUGUUGCAGUAUCAGACAUUAACAAUGAUGGGUUGGAUGACAUCCUAGUUGGUGCUCCUCUUUUUAUGGAACGUGAAUUUGAGAGCAAUCCUAAGGAAGUUGGACAGGUGUAUCUAUACCUGCAAGAGAGUGCCUUGUACUUCAGAGAAGCACAGGCACUAUCUGGCACUGAGGUGUUUGGAAGAUUUGGCAAUUCCAUUGCACAUCUUGGAGAUCUGAACCAGGAUGGAUUUAAUGACAUUGCAAUUGGCGCACCAUUUGCUGGAGAAGACAGAAGGGGGAAAGUCCUCAUUUACAAUGGAGCCAGCAAUGGGUUAAAUCCAAAGCCUUCCCAGGUUCUCGGUGGUAUGUGGGCCUCCCAAUCAAUGCCUGCGGGAUUUGGUUUUACACUAAGAGGAGACUCUGACAUAGACAAGAAUGAUUACCCAGAUUUAAUUGUAGGUGCAUUUGGAGCCGGAAAAGUAGUUGUUUACAGAGCAAGACCGGUUGUGACAGUCAGUGCUCAGCUCUUGCUCACCCCAGUGAUUGUCAAUCCAGAAAAUAAAACUUGUCAUCUUCCUGACUCAGGGACUUUGGUGACUUGUUUUACUGUAACCGUCUGUGUGGCUUUUGAAGGUCCAGGUAUUUCAGAAAAAAUAGCUCUGAGAGCAGAACUACAGCUAGAUGUGUUAAAAGUGAAAGGAGCUGUUAAGCGGACGCUCUUCCUUGAUUACCAUCAGUCCCAACAUGUCUUCCUCUUCACGAUACACAGGCAGAAGUGGCUCACUUGUAAGGACUUUGUGGUUUAUCUCAGAGAUGAAACUGAAUUCCGAGAUAAGUUGUCUCCAAUCAGCAUUAGUCUGAAUUACAGCUUGGAUGAGUCCACUUUUUCAAAUGGUUUAGCUGUGAACCCAAUAUUGAACUACUACCAAGAAAGCAUAAUUGGGGAGCAGGCUUACAUUCUUGUGGAUUGUGGAGAAGACAACGUGUGCAUUCCUGACUUGAAACUUUCCGCUGUGCCAGAUAGAGAUCAGAUCAUAAUCGGGGAGGAAAACUAUGUCACGCUUAUGAUCAAUUCAAGAAAUGAAGGCGAAGGUGCCUAUGAGGCUGAACUGCAUAUAAAGAUACCUCCGGAGGCAGAUUACACUGGUGUUGAGCGUAACAACAAGGCACUGCGUGUGCUGAGCUGCGAUUACAAGAUGGAAAAUGAAACUAGAAUGGUUAUUUGUGACCUUGGGAACCCCAUGGCAGCUGGAACAAAUUUUUCUACAGGCAUCAGAUUUACUGUUCAGCGUUUUGAAAAUGCCGAAUUCAGCAUCCAGUUUGAACUGCAAGUGAGAAGUUCCAACAAGGUUAAUCCCAACAGUAAUUUGGUUGACCUUCAAAUCGACAUAAGUGCAGUAGCUCAAGUACAGGUCAGAGGAGUCUCUCAUCCUCCACAAAUUGUUCUGCCAAUUCAUAACUGGGAACCAAAGGAUGAACCUACUAAAGAAGAUGAGAUUGGACCUUUGGUAGAGCAUAUAUAUGAGUUGCACAAUGUCGGACCAAGUGCCAUCAAUGACACUGUCUUGUAUGUGGAAUGGCCAGUUCUGAGCAGAAAGGAAUUCCUCCUUUACAUCCUUCACAUUCAGUCACAUGGUCCUCUCCAGUGUCAAACCAGCUCUGCAAUCAACAGUUUGGAAAUAAAGUUUGCUGUCCCAGAGGACACUCCAGAACUUGCUGCUUUUUUGCGCAACUCCUCCAUUCCUCACUAUGUUGGACGGAGGGAAGCCAAAGUGGUGGAGUAUCAAAAGAACUCUGCAAAAGUUCUGAAUUGCACAAAUGUGGAAUGCUUAAUGAUCACUUGUUCAGUUGGACUCUUAGAAAGAGGAAAAAGUGCUGCACUGAAAAUACGGUCCCGUUUGUGGGCCUCAACAUUUCUACAGAGGAAAAAUGACCACUACUCGCUUUCCGUCAAUGUGUCAUUCGAAGUAAAGAAGAUGCCUUACAAAGUUCAGCCAACAAACCUCCCCGAAGGAAGCAUAGCAAUCAAAACAUCUGUCAUUUGGGCUACUCCAAACAUUUCCUUUAUAAUCCCCCUGUGGGUUAUAAUAUUAGCCAUACUCCUUGGACUGCUGGUUUUGGCUAUGUUGACCUUAGCUUUGUGGAAGUGUGGCUUCUUUGACAGAGCAAGACCUCCCAGAGAUGAUAUGGCUGACAGGGUGCAACUGACAAGUGACAAGACUACUGACGCAUAGGAAGAGGAGAGUCCUGAUCGAGAGCAGAAAUGUGCUACAGAUUCAAUCUAUCAGGAACCUUCCUUUGAACUCAAGACUGCCAAGAUGUUGUUGUAAUCCGAACUAUGCAACAUUCCACACAUUCACUACAUAAUGGCCAUAGAUGGAAGAAAAGAACGCUAUCACUGCCUCAAAAACAUAACCAGCUGAUGAGCAAUACAAAAAAAGGUUUUAUUUAAAAACAUCACUUGAGUCAUGCACACAUGGGUUGCAUUAGAAGCACUCUUUUAGUCCGGACCAUGUGGAGAUAAAAAGCCUGUGUUGAUGUACGGCUUAAGGACAAACAAGACAAAUCUCUACUGUAUAAUGGCAGAAUGUUGUGGCGCCUCCCUAAGGAUAGGAACUUUGGUGAAACUCUGGCUCAGGGAGACAAGCAAUAUUGUUGGUACUGUGAAAGUACUUCUGAAAAAAAGAGCAAAAGUAGCCUUUAAAAAUACUUUUCAUAAGCGAGGCACAAUUAUUUAUUUUUCCAUCUUUUGUAGACUGGGCAUCCUAACAAAACUAGGCUCUGAGGUUUUAUACUGAUGGUAAAUAGUUGCAUUACUUUGCAUGUAAAUAGAGUGAAUGUAUCCUGCACAUUCCAUAUACCAGUUAUAAGAAUUUGAAGGGAAGCAAAAUGAUACAUUGUUUUAUAGGAUGGAGUAUAUAAUAAAGAAUCAUAGAAUCACAGGCCUGGGGAGAGAGAGCCAAUCUGUGUGCAUUUAUUUUUCAUGUGUGAAGACAAACAUGGUAGCAUUGAGAUGAAUUAGGACAUUGUGCAUGGAAGAAAGCCAUAUACACAUCUGAAUUGGGAUGUUCUUUUUUAUAAUUAUUAUCCACAAUUGACUUGUUUCUCUGUUGACUCUUACGAAUGCACUGGGUUGUAUCCAGUGUUAGUCCUAUUCAGAGUUGGUCAAUUGAAAUUAAUGGAUAUAACUAACUUCAAGUCCAUUAAUUUCAAUGGGGUUACAUUGAGUAUAACUUAGUUGGAUGCAACCCAUUGUAUCCUCUCUUAACUAUAGAGUGCAACGGACCACUGGACCAAAUCCAGCAAGCUUUCCUAUAAACACCAACUUCUGCAAUAGCCACCAGCCCAUAGGCUUUGAAAUGGCUGGACCAGAGUACCUUCCACUGGCAUAGUGGGUCUUGCUUUGCAGAAAGUCCCUGGUUCAAUCCCUGGCAUUUCCAGUUAAGGCUGGGAAUGUCCCCUGCCUAAAAAACCUGGAUAGCUUCCAAAUGUGCUUGUGCCAGUGGUGAAAAGCAUCUGCAUGAAGCAUUUGGGCUUCCUAUGUUCCUUUAGUCUACUUGUAUCUUCUGAAUCCACAAGUAAAAUGCACAAUGUAGAAAUGUUAGUACUUUCCAACUGCUUUCUUUUUCUUUCUUGUCUUCCUCCCUGGCUGGCUUGUUGACUUCAUGCUUAGCACCAUAUGACCCAGAUUCAACUGUUCCAGUAAUCCUAACUUUUGCCUUGCCAAAAACCAGAACUACUAUAUAGUGUAUAUUGUCAGAAGGCUGGAAAGAGAGAAAAGACAAUUGACCCCUGAGCCCCAUUCUGCCUCUAAAAUGGAUCAUAAAUGGAUAUUUUUCCAGCCUUUUUCCCAUGUAGAGAUGGUGUUAGCUCACAUCAUACUUGCUGACCCCCGGACAAAGGCACUUCAAAAGGCUCAGUAGGACAUCCCAUUCUGCCCAGCCACAGCUGAGCUUGUUUUAAGUAGCCUCAAAACAAAGUCAAUAGCUAGAAGAUACCAAGACGUUAAUCCCGAUCAUAAUUCCUAACAUAAACUGGCAGCAUUCAUUGUGGCUUUCCAGUCAUGCUUUUAGAAUACUUUUUCUUAAAGUCUUCCAGGGGAAGGAGAAUUUCACCUUUUUAUUUUCCAGUUCCGUGAGAUAAAAUGGCAUGUAUUCCUGGAAUUGGUUAUAUUGAUGCAUCCUGAUCCAAAUUCACAUUAUGAAUAGCAGCAUAUACAUAAAUGAACUGCCUUUUGAGUGAUAUAAAAUUGGAUAGGAUGUCUGCUUCCUGUGAAUUCACUGCAACAGAUAUGUUUCACACGAAUGGGGAACUAUGGGGAGGAUGUGGAAAUCAGAGAUCCUUGGCUCAGGGAAGUUCAAAAUCUAUCCCAGUGGAUUGUAAAAAAAAAAAUGAAGAAUCCAUUGGUUCCUCAGAAGCUUAUCCAGGUUUCCUCAUUCAGAAGAUCAGUAACGGACCACAGACUUGUGGGCCUAUAUGACUCUUCCCAUGCAAUACCCAGUUGUAAGAGUGUAUAAGACACAUUUUAAAGUGCAUGUCCAGUUCCCUAGACGGCACAGCAGGCUUGGCUGGUGUUCCACAUGAGCUGAGUAUGAUCCUUUGAAUUCAGCCCAGAAUCUACUGCAACAUGCAAAUGGCUGCUUAGCAGACUAGGUGGAAUGAAUUUCCUAUGGAAGGGACAGGUAACCCAUGGCCCUCCAGAUGUUGAACACCAACUUCCCUCGGCCUGAGCCAGCAUAGCCAAAUGUCAGGGAUGAUGGGAGUUGUAGCCCAGCAGUGUCUGAAGAGCCACAGGUUCCAGCCCCUCCCCUAAGGGCACAAAGUUUGAAAACUACUGUCCUAUCCUAUUAACAACUUGCACAGGAAUAGUCUUGCUAGUCCUGUUGCGACAAAAACAACCGUGUCUUUUGGCUGUCAGACUAACAGAUUUAUUAUUACGCUGUAAGCUUUUGUGAACUAGAGUCCAUUUCCUCAAAUGCAAUUAUCAGCCGAUGAUGGACAGAUCCAGAACUGCCUUACCCUCUACAGGCCGCGUUGGGCAGGUGGGCAGUGCCACCUACCUAUCAAUCUGACAUCAUAUGAGGUCAAGUAAUUCAACUUAAAAGGGGAAUUGGGAGCUCUAAGUACGCUCUAGAUUCUUCCUUUGCAUCCCUGCCUUGAAUUCAAGCCAGGGCUGCAAAGGUUCCUGCCAAAAGUGGGCUUGCAUUCAGCACCAAGUGCAAGCUCUGCUUAAACAUGGAUUGGAGUAGAAUCAAUCCCAGUGUGGCAGGGAGUGGCUUCAUCAUGAUGCCAGGUGUGGAGCAGGUGAGCAUAGCUGAAGAAAACCAGCCUUUUAGGCCAAAUUAGGACCCCUGACAGGCUUAAUUUGGGAUACAUCCUAGAGGGUCACCAUGUCUCUUGUAAACAGUGGGGCCAAAUGGCUAUGAAAUGCAAUAAAUACAGUUUGGGGCAAUUCUAUGAAAGCCUUACAUACAUGAAGUGCUUUUCUGAGAAUAGCACUUCAUGCACCCAAAGAAAUGGAGUCUGUUCAGUGAAAUCUCAUGCAUCUGCUAGUCUAAGGGUUGGGAACCCAUUGUUAGACUAUAACUCACAUUAUCUCUGACCAGUGAGCAUGCUAGCUAGGGCUGAUGGGAAUUGGUGCCCAACAAUUGGAAAGCCAGAGGCCUAACCCCAUUCCUUUGCUAGGCCUUAAGGUCCUCAAGCUUGUUGCAGUUUUUGCACUGAAAUUCUCACCUGCUCUACCAUCAGAUUUACUGUAGAUCUAUGUUAUUACAGACACCCAGCCAGGGGGAAAAAUGAAUCCAGGUAGAACUGUGAAUAUCGGGGCUUCUUGCUAAAACCUUUUUACUUCUCUUAUGCUCUCAUAACAUGCAAAGGAUGGCCACCUCAGCAAUCAAAACACUUUGCAGAUUUCUACACACUUCCCAGCUUACUCAUAUCCACCCGUGAAAAAUAAAUGAAUUGCAUCUCUUUUGUAAAUAAUGAAUUAUUGACUUAUACUCAUAGUUUAUCCAGAAUUAUGGCUUGACUGAACACCUGCACAUUGACUACAGACAACCCUCUUAGAUGGAUGAAAUAUCAUUGGGAAAUAUGGAAGUUUUUUCUUCUUCUAUGUGCAAUACUUUAUAUUAACUAUAUACCUGACACAUGUUUACACUGGCAUUUGUGGUUCUUUAAAAACUUUUGGAUAUAUUGAUUAACAAACAAAUAAAAAAAUCUUCCCUGUCUUUGUUAG